UUUGUGCCUGUGUUCACUUUAUUCAUAAACUGAUUAAUCGAAGCAUUUAUAAUAGAUUGCAGAACUUCUCAAAGUGACGAAUCGGGACCUAAUUUGCAAUCUACGUCUGUAGAUUUGCGAUUACAACUACACAGAUAUGCGCUCUCGAUUGGAUAAUUGUUAAUACGAUACACGGAAGUUUGGAGUACUAUAUCACAUGUAUAAUUACAAAUAUCCAUUUAAUGCAAGAUGAAAGGCAUUAAAGAUUGAAACAUUGCAUCCAUAAAAUCUUUGAAAAUACUUGUUUUAAGAAUUUGGACGAUCUCGAAACAUUCUAACAUGUUAUUUAGUUUUAGACAAUUGUUGAUACUCUUAGCUGAUUUGCUUCUAGUGUCUACAGAACAAUGCAAAUCUGGAAUUUUUUAUGUGAACCCAAACAAGCUUGACACAAAACUAGAUGGAUACAGGAUUCGUGCAUUUGAGAAUAUAUCCCCGAGGGCGUGUUUUGACAAAUGUAUCCGGAGACCAAGAUGUCAUUCUUACAACUAUAACAGACAUCAACUACGUUGCGAUCUGAACUACCAACCAACAUCUGUCUCUUUUAAUGACUUCCUGAACGAGGUUGGAUUUAUCUAUGUAGAAGUUGGUCGUUACAGAGGGGAUCCUAUGUAUGACACAUGCCUGGAAAAUCCCUGUAAACCUGAAGAAAUAUGUGAAAGAAUAAUGGAUGGAGGCUUAUUUUGCGUCAAAGAACAAGAAUUUCGUGAAGACGAUUGUACUAACUUGAAAAAAUUAAAUCCCAUAUACGAAAGUGGAGUAUUUACAAUAUACCCAUCCAAGACUGAAGAGGGGUUACAGGUGUUUUGCAACAUGACGAACGGCGGCUGGACGGUUAUUCAACGAAGAAUAGACGGAAGAGAAAAUUUUCAAAGGAACUGGUUAGGGUAUGAAAAUGGGUUUGGUGAUCUUCAAAAUGAGUUUUGGCUGGGUAACAAAUACAUACAUAUUCUAACAAGCAAAGGGUCGUUUAAAUUACGGGUGGAUCUGGUCGACAGUUACGGCAAUAACUAUUAUGCUGAGUACAGCACAUUUGCAGUAGGUGAUUCAGCAGUACACUAUGAAUUAACAGUGAAUGGAUACAGCGGAAAUGCAGGAAACUGGAUGAAUGAUAACAAUGGAAGACAUUUUUCUACCUAUGAUCUUGACCACAAUUGCAAUUAUGCAGCUGACUAUAAUGGAUGGUGGUACAACUGCUGUGGGUAUAUACAACUGAACAAUAAUUUCAGUGACAGAUUGCGAUGGGGCGACGGCAGCAACUACUAUCACACAUCACAAAUGAUGAUACAAAGAACCACGUAACAUCCAUGAUUCAUCAUCAGAAACCAGUUUAAGAGUUUCCAAUUGAAUCAUUUUUUUCUUCUUUUCGCUUAAGUAUAGUACAAUAGUCUUACAACAGUGUUUGUUACAAUUAAAGUUUAAUUAUUGUUUACAUUUCGGAAAGUUAAAAUUCAGUUUCUUCUCUAGCAAUAAGUUGAUUACCGAAACCAAAACUUUCAAUCCUUUCCACAAAAGUAUAUCUGUAUAUGGGUGGUAAAAUCCCCUUAAAAUGUAUUAUCUCCCUAAUUUAUCUAAAUAUUUCAUGUUAAUUAACAGUUAAUUGGUUUCAAGUAUCAUCAUUACGUGCAAUCUAAUAUAUUUACUAAUUGUUAGCUCAUUUUAAAGAAACUUUUAUACUUUAACAUCAUGAUAAGACGACCUUAUCAAAUAGUAUGCGGAUGUCAAUUUUUACACAGAUUUUCUGCUCGAUAACCAAGUCCAUACAUUUUUCGAACAAAUGGCUUUGACAUUUUUCAUUCUGUUUAUCAUUUGUAAUAACCUAUUAGAAUAACAUAAAGUUAUAGGGUUAUAAUGCUUAAAUUUUUU